AUGGAUACAACUGCAGAUACAACUAAGCCUUCGACAACUCCGGCAGAAGAAUCCGCUCUGCGCACGAUAACAGUGGGGGUGCCGGACCAUGUCGCCAUCGAGGCCUCAGUCCCAGAGGUUCGAGUAAUGACAGAAGAGCGCUCUGGGGACUUUGACAAGGACCAUGUCUCUCACGUCGUCAUACAAGUGUCACAAUCGAGACAGGAGGCCAUUUUCAGAUCUGUCGGCUAUCACUACGACUGGAAUUUCCCAGGACCUUAUUGGUGUUUUCUUGGAAAGAUAGCAGCAAAGGCUCUGUAUAAUGACGAAGCAGAGCUCGAAGUGCUCAACUAUAUUCCGGUGGGCAGGCGAGAGUUCAUCGCUUAUACAACAUCCAUGUGGAGGGCUGCAGUCAAGGCAGGGAAAGAAGCAGGAGUGACUGAGUUACCACCGCUCAACGUCAUCGAGGUCAAUUUCAAAAAGCCGCUUCCGGGACAGCCUCUGGAGAUGUUUUGGGUACCUGCCAGAGGCUUAAUCACUGCCAAGAUCAGGCGAUGGAUUGAAGAACCUGACGAAAUAGAUGAGGCCGAAGCAACGGAAUGA